GAGGGAUGCCCAUUUUCAAUAACGUUUGUGCUCCAUGGACUCUCUUGUUUCAUGCGUCGAGAGUCGACAUAAAAAGUACCGUGACCUGUUGAUCUUUCACGAGGAUCGCCAAUCUGAGCUUUUGUAUAAGCUUAGUCUGCUGGAGUCUCAUCCACGAGAUUGGUUAAAGAACGGCUUCAAACUCUUAGCCCCUAUGGCAGAUCCUCUCGUAUCUUAUUGCCAAGACUGCGCACAAGCUGCUUGUUCUGUUUUGAGGGCAAGGCAGCCAGGCCUUAUUGCAGACGGAGAUUUCAUUCCGAGUUCGCCUACGAUGUUCCUCGUUGAUCUAUGACUACUUCGCCUUCUGAUCGUUCCCAAUAUACUAAUCUGUGUUCU